UCGCCAGCCGCUCGGGCUGCGGCUCCUCCCGGGGGCCGGUUCCGCUGUCUCUGCCUCAGCCACCGCGCCGCGGGGCCACCGGCGUGACUGACUGACCGGCCUCGGGUGCCGGGAGCCGCCGCGUCCAGCCCGGCCUCCCUGGCCGGGAGCCUGGGACCCAGUUCGCCGUCCGCGCCCCUCGCCCUCCGCUCCUCGCUUUUCGCCCGGCCGGCUCCCGGCGGCCGACCCGCGCCCCGGCCCUUCCCGGGCGGCGCCACAGCCACAGCCCGCGCCCAGGGACAGGGCCGAAAAUAGUGAAAUCACGUUUCACGGUUAAAAAACUAUUAAGAAGGCAAUAUGGGGACUCCUGGUUCUGGAAGGAAAAGGACACCUGUAAAAGACCGAUUUUCUGCAGAAGAUGAAGCUUUGAGUAACAUUGCCAGAGAGGCAGAGGCAAGGCUGGCAGCAAAACGGGCUGCCCGGGCAGAAGCGAGGGAUAUUCGCAUGAGAGAACUGGAGCGACAACAAAAAGAGGAAGAUUCAGAAAGGGCCAGGUAUUCCAGUCAUCAUCGACCUUAUCUGGGAGUUGAGGAUGCAUUGUCCAUUCGAAGUCUUGGCAGUCACAGGGUGUCAUUGUAUGAUGGUGGAUUAUAUAAACCUUACGGGUCUCGAACUCCAUCUGAAUACAGUUAUUACUCAUCAAGAACAAGUUCGGCCCGAAGCAGUCCUGUGUUUACCGAUGAUGACACUGCAAGCAUUGCAUCUUCUGGUCGUGCCAGUCGUGGGCGAAGGGACAGUGUGUUGGAUGAAAAAUCUGACAAACAGUAUGCUGAAAAUUACACAAGGCCGUCAUCUCGGAAUUCUGCCUCAGCAACGACCCCGCUGAGUGGAAACUCAUCCAGACGAGGGAGCGGAGACACCAGCAGCUUAGUAGAUCCAGACACCUCAUUAAGUGAAUUGCGGGAUAUCUAUGACCUUAAGGACCAGAUACAGGAUGUAGAAGGGAGAUACAUGCAAGGGCUUAAAGAACUAAAGGAGUCUUUAUCCGAAGUGGAAGAAAAAUACAAGAAAGCCAUGGUUUCCAACGCACAGUUAGACAAUGAGAAGAACAAUUUGAUCUACCAGGUAGACACCCUCAAGGAUGUUAUUGAAGAACAGGAGGAACAAAUGGCAGAAUUUUAUAGAGAAAAUGAAGAAAAAUCAAAGGAGUUAGAAAGGCAGAAACAUAUGUGUAGUGUGCUACAGCAUAAGAUGGAUGAACUUAAAGAAGGCCUUCGACAGAGAGAUGAGCUCAUUGAGGCCCUAGAGAAACAGAAAGGAUACAUUGCCUGCCUUAGGAAUGAGCGAGAUACGCUCAGAGAGGAGCUGGCUGACCUGAAGGAGACAGUGAAGACAGGAGAGAAACAUGGCUUAGUUAUAAUCCCCGAUGGCACUCCCAAUGGUGAUGUCCGUCAUGAACCAGUGGUUGGAGCCAUCACCGUGGUGUCUCAGGAGGCUGCUCAGGUCUUGGAGUCUGCAGGAGAAGGUCCACUAGAUGUCAGGCUACGAAAACUUGCUGGAGAAAAGGAGGAGCUACUAUCACAGAUCCGGAGGCUGAAGCUGCAGCUGGAGGAGGAGCGGCAGAAGUGCUCCCGGAGCGAGGGCUCGGCAGCUGACGUGGCGGGCCUGCACAACGGCUCCGACCUGCAGUUCAUCGAAAUGCAGAGAGAUGCCAAUAGACAAAUUAGUGAAUACAAAUUUAAGCUUUCAAAGGCAGAACAGGAUAUAACCACGUUGGAGCAGAAUAUCAGCCGGCUGGAGGGCCAGGUGCUGAGGUAUAAGACGGCCGCGGAGAACGCCGAGAAAGUGGAAGACGAACUGAAGGCCGAGAAGAGGAAGCUGCAGCGAGAGUUACGAACGGCCCUGGACAAGAUUGAGGAGAUGGAGAUGACCAACAGCCACCUGGCCAAGCGGCUGGAGAAGAUGAAGGCCAACAGAACAGCACUUCUGGCCCAGCAGUAGGCGGCCACCCUGCGGCCCGGGCGCCGCUUCUGGGCCCCCGCCAGGGGGACUGACUUUUUGUCCAUUGACACAGACCCCCUUCAGUACUGUUUGAGUUUUGUCAUUAAAAUAGCCACCUUUGUAUUUUAUAAUUUAUGAGAGAAUGAAACAGGUUUGAAUCUUCAUGAAUGAACACUUUGGAUUUCGUUUGUAGUUUGAUUCUAGACUAAGAACUGGUCCAUGCUGGGUUUUGUUUUGUUUUUUUAAUUUCCAUAAUUUUAGAAUCAAGUUUACUCACCAUUUUCCCCCAGCUGCCUCAGUGACUGGGCACUCGGAGGCCUUGGCACAGGUUCCGGAGGACAGCGACUCUGUGAGUGCCCAAUGAGGUAACUCGGCUGGAGACCUCGGAAAACACAAGUGCCUUCUCCAUGGUGCAAUUCAGACUUCAGUCAUCCCCAACGGUCAAAAGACACUUACCCUUAAUAUCAGAUGGCAUUUAUAUUUUAGUGAAGAAACAAGUUCACAGGCGGGGAAUAUAUGUUUCACUCAAAUUUCUAUGUUUGGAGGAAAAAGCCUUUUUUUGUAAAAUAUUUAAAUUUAUAUAAGAAAAUGUUAGAAAAAGAUAUGGGGAGUGUAUAUAAAACUUGCUUUAUUGCAUGUGGCCGGGAAUGUCCAAAGCCUAACACUCUUAAAGUAAGAGUAGGGCCCUUCGUCUUCAACGUCAGCUGUGCUGUAUCUCAUGUAAAGUAUCUCAUCUGCUGCUCAUCUGUGGAGUGACCCCUCAGACGAGCCCAGUGGGGGUGGGGACAGGCAGGGGGAGGUCGGCCUGAAGACUCUAUUAAACGCACCCUCUUGCUGACCA